AUGAUAAAGUCUACGCCAAUUGAUGCUCCAGAUCGGAAGUCGCUCGAAUUGGCUAAAGAAGCCAUGGAUGAUGUAAAUUCUUAUGUGAAUGAGAUGAAGCGCGACAACGAAACUAGACAGCUGAUCAAUGAGGUCCAAAACAGCAUCACGGAACUAACUAUGGUUAGUAAAAUGCAGCCUGAAGACGUCACACUCAUGGAUUACGGUAGGCUAAAUGCCGACGGAGAGGUCCGCCUGUCCGAAUCGACUAGUCAGCAGUUCGGAAAAAUGAAAACUCGCCAUGUCUUCAUAUUUGAUAAAGUUUUGAUCAUUUGCAAAGCCAAUAGGAAUAACACAUAUACGUACAAAGCUGCUUAUAUAGUAUCUGAACUCCAUCCCAGCCUCGACAAUCCUAUGCCGGACGGAAAAAUGGGAACUAUAUCUAGAAAGAUUGCAUCCGCUAGCCAGCACCUACUUUAUCUGAUUCGAGAAGAACGUGCAUGUACACAAGAUUCUGUUAGGCAUCUGACGCUUGCAUUCAAAGGAUGUCUAGUCAACGAUAGGCAAUGUGUUGGUCUUGUCCACAGUGAGCACGUUCGAAGAGUGCGAACGAAUUCUGUGCAGGGUAUAUGCUCUCCAUUAGACAGUCCUGUAGGCAUGCGAGUGGAUCGAAAAGAAUCUACAGUCUUACCGAAGAGAAUGUUCGGCAACGGGUAUGCUCUUGGUUGUACUUUUUUGUAUCGUGGUUUUAUCCUAAAAAUUGUAACAAGAGUCAUCAUUAGUGCGUUAUGAU